AUGGGGGUGUUGAAUGNAGUAACACAUAAACCCGACCCACCUGUUGUAAAAGAUCACAUGGUGCCUUUGCUAUUAGUGGACUUUAAAAAUACACCUCUAGAUAAAUGGGAUUUAACUACGCAACAGAUCUUCCCAUACAUUAAUGGGAUAAAUCACAUUGCACGAAUAGCGGCCGAAGCAGAUGUAGAAACUAAUUUGGUAAAAUCCUGCAUACAAAAUUUGGCUUAUUAUGGUGUUGUACAUCUACUGCCCAUACUCAAGUAUAGCAACGUCUAUAUGUGCACGCAACAUUUGAAGAGUUUAAUUAAAAUUCCCUCAUUGAGUCAUGCCUGCCGCAAAUAUGUUGCACUAAAUCCUGAUAAGUCACAUCCAUCAAUACAGAAAAUCUUUCAAUUUUAUGCUUCAAUGACGCACGGUGUUACACUUCGUGCAAUAUGUCAACGCUUAUGUCCACAAAAUUACAACAUCGAUGAAAGAAAACUAGUCAUAUUUGGUUUGCAACAUAAAUUCAUACGCUGCAUUCACAAAUAUCCUGUGUUUACGGGUUCUGUGCCGUCAGGGCGUCAAAAAAUGUAUACAGGACUUUCGAGUUUUGAUGAGAUUUGCUGUAAAACAGGCCUAUCGCCAUUUAAUAUUGAGAAGGACAUCGAUAAGGAUACUAACGUGACGGUAAUAUGGAAAUAAGGUAGCACUUUGACGUUUUUGGUUAAAACUUAGUCCGUUUAAUUAACUCCUUACUGGAGAAUACGCGUUAAUUCUACAAUGUGCAUUAAUUUUUUAUUUAGAAUUAAGACUAUAAAUACGUUGCGACAUAUUUUAAACGUUAAAGAUAUUUUUAAAUAUUUCAAACAAAAAAAUGAGAAUCAGUUAAAUGGUAAGUUUUCUCUUCAUUUUAA